UAUUUAACCGGUCUAUCAUGUACCAUCAUUAAUCACCUCGUACGUUUUAUUUAUAACUUGGUGGUAUGAAAGUUCUUUGUAGUAAAAACAGAGCAUUGUUUGGCGAUGAUAUCUGUGGUGCUGCGUUCUCUUUUAUAAGCAGCAACAAGCCAGAAAGCUCUCAUUUAUCAGCAACUAGUCCAGAGUUUAUAAUUUAUCAGCAACAAGUCAACUAGUUCUCAUAUAAACCAGAAAACUGUCCAGAAAACUCGCAUAUCAUUUUUCAUUCAAUUGCUAACCUGCAAGUCGCAUACUUCGAACGUGCAAGUUUUGUAAAAUCUACAGUCGAAUAAAUGCCUGGAAAAGCUGUGGAUUCUACAGUCGUCGAUCCAGGGGCUAAAGAGUGUCUGACCACGAGACUGUUAAAGAGGGUGAGAGGAGUAGGAGGACGAGGGGGAGGGGGAGGGGGCUGCAAGAACAAAGCGUGCUCUCUCCAAGCCACCCCCACCAGACAGUGUUGCACCGGCACCGUAUGCAGAUGCGAGUGCGCUCGCCUGGUCCCGAUAACAGCCCUGAAUUGUUGCUGUGGAACUCUUGCCGCAGUCGCCUACUGCAUUGUCAAUCAUGACAACACAGAGCGUGAGGCUAGAAGGUACCGGGAGAUUAAGGAGUACUACUUGAAUGAGCAGAGUCAAUCCCUAAUCUACAGGUACAACACUCUCGCAGAUCCCUCCAGACCCCCAAUGGUCGAUUACGCCGUCGACCCCUGAUGACCCAAGAAGAAAAAUUUAAUCGGAGAACUCGGAGAAAUGAAAACAGAACUGAGGAGAAAAACUGAUUUUGCUCGGAUUAUGAGAGAAAUUUAUGAUACUUUGAUUAGAUUUAAGAGAAACAUGAACAGAUAAGAAACAUUUGCUAUCAGUGCUAAUUGAAUAUUUUAGCCGCCCUAUAAGUCCUUAUAUAUUACGUUUUAUCAAAAAAAUAUUUCUCAGAUAGCAUGAAAAAGCUAAUUCAAAUCACUUUUUUAAUAAGCAGAGGCUAAAGAAUGCUUAUAAUUAAGUAUAUUUUUCAAA